CUUCUUUAAAUUCGCACUCCACUUAGCGUCGCAUUGGAGCGACGGCGGCCGGUUGCGAUUAACCGGCCUCUUCGGCGGGCCGGUGAGCUUCUAUGCAUUGCCCCACUCGACUGUUUUGAUCACCAUCAUCCAAUCCAACAAUGCCCCGCCAAGCUAACAAGAUCUACACGUCACCGUGGGGCGAUCAUGCCAAGGUCGAGCCCGGGUCGGCAUGGGACUAUGUCUGCGGCUAUCCGACUCACAGCGACUGCCUCGAAGACAAGCAUCCAAAGCUCGCCCUUCACGACCUGGUCACGGACGAGAAGUGGUCGUAUGGCGAUAUGCGCGACUGGACCACAUGUAUCGCCGCGGCACUUCUCAAUGGCAAGCUUGGACUCAAGCCAGGCGACCGCGUGUUGCUCUCGCAUCCAUCCGGCCCCAUCUUUCUUAUCCUUCUCUUUGCCUGCCUCCGAGCACAGCUUAUUCCUGGACUCGCCAAUCCGGCCUACACGCCCAAGGAGUUCCUGCACGGUUUCAAGACCAUUGAGGCAAAGGCUGUCCUUCGCCCAAAAGCGCUGGCCGACGCAUUCAAAGAAGCGGGCAUCUCCGAUGACAUCUCCGUCGACACCACUUGGCCGCCAAAUGAGAGAUCUAAGGCCCAGGUGUGGGACUUGGCGAGGGGCGAUGUCGCCAAGGCCAAUAAGAUUCUCGCAGACAAGGGCGCAGAUAGGCCAGUGGAUUGGAAGAAGACGGCGGGCAUUUUCUUCAGCUCCGGCACAACGGGUCUGCCCAAGGCAGUGUGCAUCUCGCACAGCAACCUCUUAAAUGAGUUCAAGUCCUAUGAACACGUUCCGGAUUUCGACACAGACCCUUACCAACCGCACUAUGUUGCUCUUCCUCUCUUUCACGUCGCCGGUCUCCUCUCGUGGCUCUUUGCGGGCAUAAUGGGUCGGCCGGUGCUUUUCUCGUACAAGCAGCCCCUGGAUCCACAAUUGCUCAUGAAGCACUUUGACCAGUCUGGCGCCGUACAGAUGAUGGUCGUGCCCCCGCUGCUCCUCGGCAUCACGAAAAUGAAGCUCAUGACGGACAAGACACAUCCGCAUGUCCGGUUCCUUAUUGCGGGCGCCGCGCCUUUGGGGCCAGACCUGCACAAGGAGUCGAUGGCCCUCUUUGGAGGGAAGCCAAUUAUCCAAGUCUGGGGUAUGUCCGAGACUACAGGGGCGGCAACGAAGGCGUCGCCUGUCGAAGAGAUUGUUGUCGGCAGCUGCGGGAAAAUCAUGCCGAGCGUAGAGAUGCGUAUCGUUGAUGAGGAGGAAAAGGAUGUUGAAGACGGCCAACCGGGCGAGGUUUGGAUCCGAGGAGAAAUCAACAUGGUUGGCUACCUCAACAACCCCGAAGCAACACGGGAGAUGAUUACCGAAGAUGGCUGGCUAAAGACCGGCGACAUAGGUUACGUGGGCCCCGACGGCGAUUCGCUGCACCUCGUUGACCGGAAAAAAGAGCUGAUCAAAUUCCGUGGCUACCAAGUUGCUCCUGCCGAGCUGGAAGACUUGAUUCAGGGCCAUCCGGAUAUUGCCGACGUCGGCGUCGUGGGCGUCAAGGACAGCAACGGCACGGACGAGCUUCCGAGAGCGUACUGCGUCUUGGGUCCCAACGCAAAGGACAAGAAGAAGGAGGAUCUCGCAAAGGAAAUAGUGUCCUUUGUCAAGUCCAAAGUCAGCUCGCAGAAGCAGCUGCGUGGUGGCGUUGUCUUCAUCGAUGCCAUUCCAAAGAACCCAAGCGGAAAGAUUCUACGCAAAGACCUUCGCGCACUCAGCGCGAACGACCAAGCAAAGCCGAAGCCGAAGCUGUAGAAGGAAACGUAGUUGCUGCUUGUACCUUUCCUAUAUUCUUGCUUCGACGCACUGCCGGGUUCUGACUCCUAAAAUGAGAUGCACCCGAU